AUGGAUUGGGAUCCAGGUUCCGUAUAUUCCAUCAUUAAUACUAAAAUGUGGAGAAAAAUUGGAUCACCCUCACUAAUGCAAGCACCCACAUUAAAAGCUUACUGUAACUUCAAACUAAAACCCAAAGGCUUAACUGAUAUUACUGUAGAAGUUGAUAACCGAAGUUUAAUAUUACCAGUAAUUGUAAUGAAGCAUGCUGAGCCAAUGCUCUUUGGCCUGCAGUGGAGUGAAUCUUUUGAUAUGAUUUUUCCGGAACCCGUUUACUCUAUAAAAAAAAUUGCAAUGACAACGAACAUGUCACUUAGGCGUGUAUUAGAUACUCACACUAGGCUCUUCGACGGAAAAUCACCAGCUCAAAUGAUGUUUGGACGCAGACUUACAUGUGAGUUAGACAAUGCCCGCCCGAAUCUAAAGCAUCAAUUGAGAUUUAAGCAAUUACAAGCAGACAUUCUGAACGAAAAUACAGAAGCUUUUAGACCCGGAGAUAACGUUUAUAUUCGAGAUAAAGUGAUGAAACAGUGGAAGCCAGGUGUUAUUAAGCAGAGAACACAUAAAUACUCAUAUAAAGUCAAUACACCCGAUGGAACAGAAAGGCGAAUGCAUGCAGAUCAUAUUAGGCCAAGAGCCAUGGAUAGAGAAAAUGAUACAAAAGCUGAACAUACACCAAUCAGCUCAACUUGGUUUGAACACAAAGCACCAGACAGAAAACAACCAAAUUCAUCUGAAAAAUCUACGGAACCAGUGACUCCGAUAAAAGCCUCGAUUCCUAAUAUUACACCCACAGAAACGAUAACGAUACAAUCAACACCUAGACGCAGAAGCCUAAUAGCAGAAACAAUCGAACAAGACAGGCUAACCAAUGAAUCGAAUAAGGAUAGAGAAUAUAAAGCGAUACAACGACGUAGUAAACGUACUAUAAAACCGCCACGAAGGUUGAUUGAAGAAAUG